CGCGCGCACAUGUAAACACGGUCAAUCAGAUUACAAAAGAUUAGUGCGGAGAAAUGUCAAAAAAUCUGUAUAGUCAAUAAUUAUUGCUUUCAAGCGCUUAUCUUGAACGCUUUGCCCGCGCAAGUGGAUCGGAAGACUCUCUUUAGCGAACGCUUUUCUCUGUGCAGCCAUGAACUCUCUCCUCGGCACAGAGUCUGUUUUCUGAUUGCGCUUCCUGUGGUCUGAAGUCGCGAGGAUGGACUUGGCGAGUGUGCAAGAAGCUCUGGAAAAUGAGGAGUUCCAAGACGCUUGUGAAACCUUGACCAGGCUGCCAGACGACUUGAGUUUGGAGGCAACCAUUGAUGAAUCAUUCGAAGCAGUCCACCUGUUCUUCAACAACAAAUUUGAUGAAGCUCGCAAUCUCCUGCAACCCUUGGCUAAGUGUAGCAUGUACCAUGCUCUGGGAUUGGCCGUUUUCAAAUACCUAGAGGCAAUACUCACCUUUGAAGAGGAGCACAUCAGUGUGGCAUCCGACGCCCUCAAGAACUGCAUAAAUGUUUGCAAUCAGUAUCGAAGGAAAAAUACUUUCACCGAGUCCCUUGGCAAGAUGGUCAAGAAAACAAACUAUGACUCUUAUACUCCUGAGGAGGUGCAUGCCGAGUUGUGUUACGCAGAAGCUCUUCUGCUGAAAUCCGCCCUGACUAUUAUUGAAGAUGAAACUCUAGUAAGUUUCAUCAAGGCCGGACUGAAAAUUCGCUCGUGCUUUGCCUCGUACCGCGAAUGCAGUCACAUGUUGAGCAGUCGAACAUGGACAAAAGACUGUCACAAGAUUCAUUUCGAGAGUGGCGUUCGAAUGGGAGUUGGAGGCUUUAAUUUGAUGAUUUCCCUGUUGCCUGCGAGAGUGAUAAAAUUGCUGGAGUUCAUCGGUUUCACUGGAAGCAAAUCGACUAAAAAGGACUUUAAGCAAAUUGGCCUACGUGAGCUUGAGACAGGCUACAAGCUGGAUAAGAGUUUGCGCCAAGUUUUGUGCACCAUGACCCUCCUGGGCUAUCACCUGAUCAUAGUCUUCACAUUGAAUCAUGUUGAAGGCGACACUAAGUUGUGUGAAACUAUUCUUCAGAAGGAGUUAAAGAAAUACCCCAACGGAGUGUGGUUUUUAUUCUUCAAAGGCCGGCUAGAAUUUGUGAAGGGAAAUAUUAGCAGCGCCAUUGAUUGGUAUACUAAGUCAUGGAAAUCGCAGGACUUGUGGCCCCAGUUCCACCACCUUUGCUUUUGGGAGCUUAUGUGGGCCAAUUGUUUGAAUCAGGAUUGGAGAACUGCUGCUUCAUUUGCUGAAAGGUUGGUCCAGGAAAGUCGCUGGUCAAAAACUGUCUACAUGUACCAAAAAGCCUCCAUGCUGGCCAUGUUGGGGGAUAAUCUUACUGCCGAUGAAGCAUACGAGAUUGAAAGACUUAUUCAGGAAGCUCCCAAGUUCAAGCAGCGGAUAGCUGGAAAAUCCUUGCCCAUGGAAAAAUUUAUUGUGAAGAGGUCGGAGAGAUACUUUAAGCAAAAGAAGCACCUCGUUUUGCCUGCCAUAGAACUGCUCUAUCUCUGGAAUCUAUUCAGAAUUCUCGGCAAAGACUGGAAGUUUGCAGAAAGUGUUUUUAGGCUCAUAGAGAAAAUGCUCAACGCACCACCAGUUGCCACGGAGUAUCUUGCCGACAACCGAGCUCUCUUACUGCUACUAAAAGGUGCUUGUUUGAGGCAAAUGAACAAGCCUUUGCUAGCUGAAGAAGCCUUGCGCGAGGCCAUCAGUUUCGAAUCAAAAAUCAAAGAGGAUAACUUCAUUGUGCCAUAUGCUGUUGUCGAACUUGCUCUGCUCUUGCUUGACCAGAAAGAUAGGGAAAAGGCAGCCGCCUUACUGGAAGAUGCCAAGAAAAAUUAUACUGGAUACUCUCUGGAAUCAAGACUCCACUUCAAGAUCCACUCUGCCCUGACGGAACUGUCUGAAAAGAGAAAUGGCAAAACGGAUUCUAUGUAAUAGCUAAUUUUUGCUCUCCAAAACUCAGUUUAAAUUGUAGGUUGCAUUUUGUGUCAAAAGUUUGUUAAAAAUUAGCUGAGAAAGUACUAAUAAUUUCUAAACCACUUUUCUUUUUUGUGAGCUUUCCAUUCCAAUAUGAAGUAGUUCCUCUUAUUAUUUUUUGUUAUAGUUACUUAAAUUACAUUUUCGCUCACUAUUAUCUUACUCUCUUGAGACUAAUGGAUAUUUUUUUAAAGUGGAAUUGCUAGUUGAUCGAGGACUCACUUUGCCCUAGUCUAAACAAUCAAAGUUAAUCGCCUUGGCUGUUAAAUUAAUAUGGUGUUUACGUCUGAUUAUGUGAAGUUAUUUUUGUGAUGGGGAUCGCUCUGUUAACUUUUUCUUUCCAAAGAUUUUAUGGAAAUGUUUAAUAUACUAAAGAGUUGUUCAAAUAAAUAUAUUAAUAUAUUAGGAAAA